UCGCUUUGUAAGAACAAAAUACCCGGGGAUGUCCAGUCUGUCUUCAGACUGGCGAGCAAGCCCAGAGCCCUAAGAACUCCUGAGAGGGAGAACUGCAAUUUUUUCCCCCCCUGAGCGCUGUUCCUUUUUGCUUUAUUAGGCAGAAGCGGCGUGUUUCCUAGGAUGUGUUUUCAGAGUUCAUCCUAACAGAAUUCUGUGACGAGCGACAUCCAGAUUUGUGGGAAACGUGCAUUGCUGAAAUUUGAGAAAGCAUGGAGGUCUUACACAAGGUUGGUUGGGCCUGAGCUGAAGAUGUUUCCCGAACAACAGAAAGAGGAGUUUGUCAGCGUCUGGGUCCGGGACCCCAGGAUUCAGAAGGAGGACUUUUGGCACUCCUAUAUCGACUAUGAGAUAUGCAUUCACACGAAUAGCAUGUGUUUUACAAUGAAAACAUCUUGUGUACGAAGAAGGUACAGAGAAUUCGUGUGGCUGCGGCAGAGACUCCAAAGCAAUGCAUUGCUGGUAGAAUUACCAGAACUUCCAUCUAAGAACCUAUUUUUCAAUAUGAACAAUCGCCAGCACGUUGACCAGCGUCGUCAGGGCUUGGAAGAUUUCCUCAGAAAAGUCCUGCAGAACGCACUUUUGCUUUCCGAUAGCAGCCUCCACCUCUUCCUGCAGAGCCAUCUGAACUCCGAGGACAUUGAAGCGUGUGUUUCUGGGCAGACCAAGUACUCGGUGGAAGAAGCAAUUCACAAGUUCGCCUUGAUGAAUAGACGGUUCCCUGAAGAAGAUGAAGAGGGAAAAAAAGACAAUGAUGUAGAUUAUGAUUCAGAAAGUUCCUCCUCUGGGCUUGGCCACAGCAGUGAUGACAGCAGCUCACAUGGAUGUAAAGCAAGCCCGGCGCUGCAGGAGUCCUGAGGGGGAAUCCCAGGGCUGCCACCUUAGGCACAAGACCGUGCCCAGCCAGAGAGAACGCUUGCUCACAGUAGAUCCUUACCUAAUGCCACUGUCACCGUCCUAGGUAGUUAAAUACUUCCAGUGGUGGGUUCUUAGUGCUAGGAUUGUUAUGUUGUCUAAUUUGAGCCAGGCUUCUGUAUACCGUAAGGUCUGUGAAUGCCAUACAACCCUUUAUUGCCAUAUAAUACUUGUAAAUACGAUCCUGCUUUCAAGUGAAGUGAGUUAUAUGCUGUAUAUAUAAAAACACAAUUCAAUUGGUCUCGACUGAAUUUUAAAGAGCUAGGUGUAUCAGUAGCCUUUAAAACCGAGACAGAGCAUCCUUGCAGUGGGAAUGGGGAAGUGACGGUAAACAGUGUGUAACUGGAGCCAGGGUACAGCACACUGUUCUGUGGAGACUGACCCCUACUCUGGAAAAUGCUUUGCUUUUGGGUGUUUGAGUGAAAUAUUUAAGAGUAUUUAAACUUUCCCAUAUACUAUUUCACAUGUAAAUGGAAAAUAUGUCUUACAAAUAAAGACGUACUAAAAUAAUGUUUACAUCUUAGGGGAAAACAUAGAAGAAGUGUUCGUAAUUUUGCUUAAAUUUGCUGUCCGUAGAUUUAGAAAUACACUUUCACUGUCCAAAAUCGGCUUAAACAUGGCUUCUGGCAACAAGUCAUUUUACCAUUGGGUAGUCAGAAUCAUAACUUCUGAUUUAUUUUCUGACAUUUUACAAAUGUGCAUUAAAAAAUCAUGUGGUAACUUUCGCCGGUGGGGGCUCCCCACUACACAUUUUUAAGUUAUAUUUUAUAACUUAAGAGCUAAAUUAAUUUUACCCAUAACUAUUUCAGUAAUUUUGGAGUGAAAAUCAGGUUGCUAAUGUCAGAGCUCAUAUCAGUGUUUUAGAAGCCCUUUCUGUUAAGGUAUCUACCUGAAGAUUGGCUUAAUUUGAAUAGACUAGUUCUCUCUCUCUCUCUUUCUCUCUGUCUCUCUCUUUCUUUUUGUGGCCUAAAGAGAAGAUGUUUCAGAAAAGCAGCCUUUUCCUGGGAUAAUUAGCUAAGUCCUCCCUGCUAAUGAAAAGAAGCUGAAAGAAGGUAUUUUCACCUAAGUGGGACAGCUAACUUGUUGCUUCCAGUGAAUGGCUCCCACUCCCACUAGGUGCAAAAGCUGCUACGAAAAGCAGCCAUUUACAUUGGGUGUUUGGUAGUUAUUGUGUUAAUCAAAAGUUACUGAACGGUCCUUGGAAAUGCUUGUCUCAGAGAACUGGUAAAGAAGCAGAAACAUUAAAUUUGGCAUAAGAAUGAUUUCUGUAUACUUUCUCCCUUUUAAAAAUCCCAUGUGAAACAUUAUUAAAAUUCUGUAAUGGUUUCGUUUUUGUUUAGUGUCUUUGAUCUUGUCCUCUAAUAUUAAUUUAACGCAGGAAGAUUUAGCAGCUGUUUUUCUCGCUGCAUGGAAAGUUCUAGAGCGAUUCCCACUCCUCAGUAGUGUAUGAAUUUGCACCAUUUAUGGUUUACACCAUUUUUGAAAAGCAUAUACUAUGCCACCAGGUAUCAUACUAUUUAUUGAUGAGCUGAUGUAAUCAUUGAAGUUAAUACUGAGUGAUGCUUAAUAUUUGCUCUGUAAACUUCAUGACGUCAUUGUUUUCACAUUAAACAUGGAAAAAAAUC